CAGGAAGUGCACUUGCUGCAACCGUUUCCUGCUCUUUGUGUGUGACACCGAGACAGGCGGCGGCGGCGGCGGCAGCGAGAGGAGGCGGCUCCGGAGCAUCCCUGCGCGGCGGCCGCGACUGUCUCCUAACAUCGCCUGAAAAUCCAGAGCCAUGACCACUCACGUCACGCUGGAAGAUGCCUUGUCCAAUGUGGACCUGCUGGAGGAGCUACCGCUGCCAGACCAGCAGCCAUGCAUCGAGCCACCUCCCUCUUCCAUCAUGUACCAGGCUAAUUUCGACACAAACUUCGAAGACAGAAAUGCCUUUGUGACCGGCAUUGCCAGGUACAUCGAACAGGCUACAGUGCACUCUAGCAUGAAUGAAAUGCUGGAGGAAGGACAUGAGUACGCAGUGAUGCUUUACACGUGGAGGAGCUGCUCUCGGGCCAUACCCCAGGUGAAAUGUAACGAACAGCCGAACCGGGUGGAAAUUUAUGAGAAGACUGUGGAAGUUCUGGAGCCGGAGGUCACCAAGCUGAUGAAGUUCAUGUAUUUCCAGCGCAAGGCUAUCGAGCGGUUCUGCAAUGAGGUGAAGCGCUUGUGCCAUGCUGAGAGAAGGAAGGAUUUUGUCUCUGAGGCCUAUCUCCUGACGCUGGGGAAAUUCAUUAACAUGUUCGCCGUGCUGGAUGAGCUGAAGAACAUGAAGUGCAGCGUCAAAAAUGACCACUCUGCCUACAAAAGAGCUGCCCAGUUUUUGAGGAAGAUGGCUGACCCCCAGUCUAUUCAGGAAUCCCAGAACCUCUCCAUGUUCCUGGCGAACCACAACCGGAUCACACAGUGUCUGCAUCAGCAACUGGAAGUUAUCCCUGGCUACGAGGAGCUGCUGGCGGAUAUUGUCAACAUCUGUGUGGACUACUAUGAAAACAAGAUGUACUUGACACCCAGUGAGAAGCACAUGCUCUUAAAGGUGAUGGGCUUUGGUCUGUACCUGAUGGAUGGGAAUGUCAGCAACAUUUACAAACUGGACACCAAGAAGAGAAUCAAUCUUAGCAAAAUAGACAAGUUCUUCAAGCAGCUGCAGGUGGUUCCUUUAUUCGGCGAUAUGCAGAUAGAACUGGCCAGAUACAUUAAGACCAGUGCUCACUAUGAGGAGAACAAAUCCAAGUGGACGUGCACUCAGAGCAGCAUCAGUCCCCAGUACAACAUCUGUGAGCAGAUGGUCCAGAUCCGAGACGACCACAUCCGCUUCAUCUCAGAGCUCGCUCGCUACAGCAACAGUGAGGUGGUCACCGGCUCGGGGCUGGACAGCCAGAAGUCAGAUGAGGAAUACAGAGAGCUCUUUGACUUGGCUUUACGGGGGCUGCAGCUGCUCUCCAAGUGGAGCGCCCAUGUCAUGGAAGUGUAUUCUUGGAAGCUGGUACAUCCCACCGAUAAGUUCUGUAACAAAGAUUGCCCAGGCACCGCUGAGGAGUACGAGAGAGCCACCCGGUACAACUACACCAGCGAGGAGAAAUUUGCCUUUGUGGAGGUAAUUGCCAUGAUCAAGGGUCUGCAAGUGCUGAUGGGCCGGAUGGAGAGUGUCUUUAACCAGGCCAUCAGAAACACCAUCUAUGCAGCCCUGCAAGACUUUGCCCAGGUGACCCUCCGGGAGCCAUUGAGACAAGCAGUCAGGAAGAAGAAGAACGUCCUGAUCAGCGUCCUUCAGGCAAUCCGGAAGACGAUCUGUGACUGGGAGGGAGGUCGGGAGCCCCCUAAUGACCCCUGUCUGAGAGGCGAGAAGGACCCCAAAGGUGGAUUCGAUAUUAAGGUCCCUCGACGAGCAGUGGGUCCAUCGAGCACACAGCUUUACAUGGUGCGGACCAUGCUGGAGUCACUCAUCGCAGACAAGAGCGGCUCGAAGAAGACUCUGAGGAGCAGCUUGGAUGGGCCGAUAGUCCUGGCCAUUGAGGAGUUCCACAAGCAGUCCUUCUUCUUCACUCACCUUCUCAACAUCAGCGAAGCCCUGCAGCAGUGCUGCGAUCUGUCCCAGCUCUGGUUCCGAGAAUUCUUUCUGGAGCUGACCAUGGGCCGCCGGAUCCAGUUCCCCAUCGAGAUGUCCAUGCCCUGGAUUCUCACGGACCACAUCCUGGAAACCAAGGAACCCUCCAUGAUGGAGUAUGUGCUGUAUCCCUUGGACCUAUACAACGACAGCGCAUAUUAUGCCUUAACCAAGUUUAAAAAGCAGUUCCUAUACGAUGAAAUUGAAGCUGAAGUGAACUUGUGUUUUGACCAGUUUGUGUACAAGUUGGCAGAUCAGAUCUUUGCCUAUUAUAAAGCAAUGGCUGGCAGUGUCUUACUGGAUAAACGUUUCCGGGCUGAAUGUAAGAAUUAUGGAGUGAUUAUCCCUUACCCACCGUCCAAUCGCUACGAGACAUUACUCAAACAGAGACACGUCCAGCUGCUGGGUAGAUCAAUUGACCUGAACAGGCUCAUAACUCAGCGUAUUUCAGCUGCGAUGUACAAAUCGUUAGACCAGGCCAUUAGCCGCUUUGAGAGUGAAGACCUGACCUCCAUUGUGGAGCUGGAGUGGCUCUUGGAGAUAAAUCGCCUGACACACCGGCUGCUGUGUAAGCACAUGACUUUGGACAGUUUUGAUGCUAUGUUCCGAGAGGCCAAUCACAACGUCUCUGCGCCUUAUGGACGCAUCACCCUGCACGUCUUCUGGGAGCUAAACUUUGACUUUCUACCCAACUACUGCUACAAUGGCUCCACCAACCGGUUUGUACGGACAGCGAUUCCAUUCACCCAGGAACCACAGAGAGACAAGCCAGCCAACGUCCAGCCCUAUUACCUCUACGGAUCAAAGCCACUGAACAUUGCCUACAGUCACAUCUACAGCUCCUACCGCAACUUCGUGGGGCCCCCUCAUUUCAAGACAAUCUGCCGGCUCCUAGGCUAUCAAGGGAUCGCAGUGGUGAUGGAGGAGCUGCUGAAGAUCGUCAAAAGCCUGUUACAGGGCACCAUUCUGCAGUAUGUGAAAACAUUGAUAGAGGUGAUGCCCAAGAUAUGCCGCUUGCCAAGACAUGAAUAUGGAUCUCCAGGAAUCUUGGAGUUUUUCCAUCACCAGCUGAAGGACAUCAUUGAGUAUGCAGAGCUGAAGACUGAUGUAUUCCAGAGCCUCAGAGAAGUGGGCAAUGCUAUUCUGUUCUGCCUCCUCAUAGAGCAGGCCCUGUCCCAGGAAGAAGUUUGUGAUUUGCUGCAUGCUGCUCCCUUCCAAAAUAUUUUGCCCAGGGUCUACAUCAAAGAAGGAGAACGCUUGGAGGUACGCAUGAAGCGUCUCGAAGCCAAAUAUGCCCCACUUCACCUGGUUCCCUUAAUAGAGAGGCUGGGAACUCCUCAGCAAAUAGCCAUUGCUCGGGAGGGUGACUUGCUGACCAAGGAGCGGCUGUGCUGUGGGCUCUCCAUGUUCGAGGUGAUCCUGACGCGCAUUCGCAGCUACCUGCAGGACCCAAUCUGGCGUGGGCCUCCCCCUACCAACGGGGUCAUGCACGUGGAUGAGUGUGUCGAGUUCCACCGGCUCUGGAGUGCCAUGCAGUUCGUGUACUGCAUCCCCGUGGGGACAAAUGAGUUCACUGCAGAGCAGUGCUUUGGAGACGGUUUGAAUUGGGCAGGCUGCUCCGUCAUUGUGCUCCUCGGGCAGCAGCGGCGCUUCGACCUCUUUGACUUCUGUUACCAUCUGCUGAAGGUGCAGAGACAGGAUGGGAAGGAUGAAAUCAUCAAGAACGUGCCCCUGAAGAAGAUGGCUGACCGCAUAAGGAAGUAUCAGAUUCUGAACAACGAGAUUUUCGCCAUCCUGAACAAGUACAUGAAGUCUGUGGAAACAGACAGCUCCACGGUUGAGCAUGUGCGCUGCUUCCAGCCUCCCAUCCACCAGUCCCUGGCUACCACUUGCUAAGCAGCAAGUGCUAGUGUGGAUAUUAAACCCCUUUGGGAUUAGGGAGGAAGAGUGACUGGAUCAGAACAAGAACUGGGAAGGGGAAACUUGACAAUGUGGCUCUGGCAACAAGAGAGGUUGGGUACACCCGAUACACACAUCUUCCUAGCUGGCCCUGUUUGAGUGCAUGUGCUGUAGCAUCCCUGUGGUUGGCUUUACCUGUAGCUUUGAGACUGGGUGUGGGAGCGGGGCAGGAUGUGCUUUUCUUCCAUGCAGUGGGUUGGGAUUUUUUGGUUUUGUUUUUCUGUGAUACGUCCAGUCGAACCCAAAACUCUGAAGCCAUAUAGAAUCCUAGGUGUCGGGUUCCCGUCACGAGCUGAUUGUUUCAGAGUGCCAGAAGCCAUCUCCCACUGCCGCAAGUGGAACUUCCCCUGUGAUGCAUGACAGCGGCAGGAGGGUUUGAAGACGUCCCUCAUUUGGUGAGGCACAAUAGCAGCACUUUUCACUUGGCAGCCCACAGAGGAAGAAGUCGUCUGACCAGAGAAAGGAAACCAAGUUGAUUCAGAGUUUGAGUCUAGUGUCACUGCCUACAUGGGGUUGGAGAUUUCCCCACUCUUUUCACCAAGCCUGCAUUUCAGAGAGCUGGGAGACAAGAUACCAUCCUGGUGGUUUCCCACUACAUGCCAUAGCCCCACUACUAAUUCAAAAGAGGUGCCCCUGAAGCUAUAUCUACCAGGGAGUAAACAAUGAAAUCGCCUAAUGAAUGCUGUGGGCUGCAUUUACCUGAAAAUUCCACUCGCUAUAUUCCUGGGGUGGGAGGAGGAAUCAGCGAUCCUGGCAGCCCGGCUUACCUCCAGAAUGUACAUGUACUUUGGUUUUUAGCCAAGGAUCAUACAUCCACAUUCGACAAUGAGCUGGAAGCUACAAUUUGUGUCCAUUCUUGAGUGAUGGUUUUCUUUGUUUCAAAUGAGUUCCUCCAGUGCAUAUGCCUACAGGGCAUGGAGAGUUCCAGUGGGGGUGAACGGAAACCCUAUUACACAGAAACAGCAGGAUCCUUUAGAGCAGAGGAAAUGAAAUAAGCAUCAGAAAGGAGAUGACUAUAGUACUCAGAGGGUUCUACAAAGGAAAUACAGGAUUCUGUUUCCUUCUGACUCUUAAACAUUGUCCAAGAUCCUGUGAGAUUAAAAGAACCUAGUUGAAUCAUCAAGGAAAAUUUCAGAACUCAUUGUUUUCCCUUCUUCCCCACAUCAACUUCUUUGAAGUGAGAUGAAGGGUCUUCUUUGAUGUGGCAAAAGCUAAGGGGCCAGAUCCGGAUCUCAUCUAUACAGGGGUAAACCUGGAGUAACCCCAUGGACUUCAGUGAAGUCACUCCAUAUUUAGACAGAUAUAGAUGAGAUCAGAACCUGCCCUCUCCUCACCUCUCCUAAUCCACCCUGGCCUCACCCCCUGAGAAAGUUUUAAUUUCUUGAUUUUAUUUAGGUUAAAUCAGACCUUUGCCAUUAUGUAAUAGAGCCAUGUUAGUGCCCUGUAUCUCAACAUAACCCAGACACUCUGUUCAGCUUAUUUAGGACAAUGCAGUGCUCUCACAAACCGCUGGGAAGCCAGAGACUGGGUAAUUACUCUGUCUGAGGGAACAGAAAGUAGAUCUGUUCAAGAGGUGUCCCGACUGGAACAUUCUGUCUUUUUUCAGAGUAGCAGCCGUGUUAGUCUGUAGCCGCAAAAAAAACAGGAGCACUUGUGGCACCUUAGAGACUAACAAAUUUAUUUGAGCAUAAGCUUUCGUGGGCUACAGCCCA